GUACCAUAAGAACAUGUCAGAAAUUCCUGAUUCAGUACAACAGAAGACAGCUGCUGAUGUUGUUGCAAAACUGUACAAAUGAAGAGGAAAGACGGUGUAUACAGAAGUCCUUGUUGAGCUGUUCCCUUACAGAAGAGCAGUCUCAAAGUGGAGAGGAGGAAGAUGAUGCUGGCACAGAAACAGACUGA